AUGGCCGAAUGCCAUGCAGCCCUCCUGGGGUGUGCAUUCGGAGCACUAGGGCCCCUCCUGUCCAGUGGCGUCGGCCGAGCCACGGGCCUGAGCCCGGAAGGCACCGGCUCGGGGCGAGUCAUCCCGCGCCAGCCCUCCGGGGUGAUCUCCCUCUUUGGGGCUCUUGGCUCUUCGUCCGUGGCUGCCGUAGCUGCAUUGAGCUCUGGGAGCGUGGUCGCGGGAGCUCUGUGCGGUGCGGCUGUGGCGUGCUGCAUCACCGGAGUCGCCACGGGAGAUAUGCUGAAGAGACGCAAUCUCCUCUCGUCAGAGCCGGGGCUCGUGCUCGGCUGA